AUGGCGUACGUCGGCGGAUUGCCCGAUUUUGCGGUACCCUCUAUACGGGCAGGUCUGCCCGUCGGAGGUCUCGGAAGUCUGCUAGAUGGUGCAGCCGCCAAUCUUGGCAACAAUACCGACUCUAGCUCCGAUGGUGCCGGCGGCAACCAGUCUGGUCUCAACACCGCAGCUAGCAGCAACGUUUCGCUGCCGAAUGCUGCCCUUUCUUCGUGGUCCCCCUCAAGUGUGGCCCGGCAUGCACGCAUUCCAGCAUCGAAUCUCACAACCGAGCUUUCUGCCAAAGAGCUCGCGCGUGCUUCCAAAGUCUCUGGCGCGGGUGCUGGCCGUCUUGCGUUCUCUUUCGCGGGGGCUGCGCAUCACGACAGACCACCCGAGGAGGUCAUUGAUGCUAUCUUGUGAGCUCCACUGAAUCCUCAGAAAGAGACAAGCACUCUCGCUGAUGCUCUUGUGCUCCUUUUCCUAGUCACCCUGGUCCUGCUAGUAACGCAGUGCUCAUGCUUCAAUCGACCGUCAGCCGUGCGGACAAAGUCCAACGAGAUUCUGGGGGUCGCGCAGGCGCCAAGACGCCGUCCUCAAAGCAAGGUCGAAGCGGCGAUGGAUCCACGCGGGUAAGCGAGCGGCGGGCAGCGAAAGAGAAGGAACGCGAUGCGGAAGAUCUUAGGGCCAUGGCAGGAGCCCCAAAGCCAGAGCAUUACGACGCGAUAUCUCCCGCUCAAUCUCCAGUACACAGUACCGAGGCGCAAGGAUACCGUGGCAUCCCAACCGCUCUUGCAUCACCUGCGGAGACUGUCACGCAAGGGAGCCAUUACGGGGCCGACGAGACCAUGGCAAACCGCUUGACAACCAUCAUUAGCGCUGAUGAGGUAUCCUCUGCCCCUGCAACCAAAUCUGCGGGCCCGAAAGAACCCCAACAUGCUGCCAAAUCCGAUUCCAAAGACUCGGCGGUCAUGUCGCAAGGCUCCGGGUCAAGCUUGUCUUCUGUGCGACCCAUACUCAGCUCGGAUCCGCGCUCGCGCAAAGGCUCUCGAGCGGCCGCAGCCGGAGGUGCAACAGGUUUGCAAAAGCGAAACAGCACAAGCACAACAAGUAGCGAAUACACCGACGGACAGUCGAAACGUGGUCCAUCAAGGCCGCAUUCUGUACACUGGGAUGCCAACAGCUUUACAGAGCCCAACGCGAAAGGGUCUGGCUCGACUGACAGUGACGUUCGAGAGAGCCAUCGCAGAAGUCCUGUCUUUCCGCAGACACCUGCUGUCGUCAAAGAUCGCGAGGUGACAGCUAGCCCACGAUCCAUUUCUCCUUCGCGAGAGCGAGACAGGCAAUCCUCCGGCUCGACAACCGCGCAGUCCCAAAGCAACAAAGGGGCUAUCAAGAAGGGUGAUGAUGUAUUUACAACGGACCGCGCGAGUGACGCAGGAAUUGUGGGUGUGACUAAGCUACUCAGUAAUCAGGAAGCGCAAGGCGAGACAAUGGAGCAAACGCUCUCUGCGGCUCAAGGAGUGUCUAGGGAGGAUAUGGCAGGCUCUGAGAAGAAAGCUGGCGAGGCUCUUGAGUCGCACGAGGGUGCGCCUGGCUGGGACAAGCCGAGCUCGGCCAAGCUGCCACAACAAAAGCCAAGGGCGAGGGUGCUGCGUGGCGCUGUCGGCAUAUCGCCGGACGAGGCGGCUCAAAAGGGCUACCAUGGGGCUGGUUGGGGCAACCUACAAGCAACAUGCAUUCCGGGCGGCGCGCUUCUCAAGCCUGCAUGCGCUUCGUGCUCUCCAGCUUUCAGCUCGUCUGAUCGUCACUCGUCUGGACAGUGGAUAUGGUCCUCACCUGAAGGCUCACCGCAAUAUUCAAGGAUCGCGCGAGAUUUUGCCUUGGGCCAAACGCCAGCUCAAGCUCGGGGAGCUGCAACUGAAGUCGGAGCAGGAGACGAUCAGGGUAGCGGAGGUCGCCGCGCCUCUGCCAUGCAGAGCGGGAAUGAGCCUGCAUCGGUCGAGCAGGUGAUGGACGCUGCGGUGCACUCUGAUCUGGAAAGCGCCAACGAUUUGACCCCGAAAGCUGCCCGACAAGCUGUUCAUGUCUGA